CGAGCAUACAAGCGAUAGACGCCAAAAUGUCUUCAUGGAGACCCCAUCGUACCCCGCCUACUGCUUCAAGGCAUCCCCCACGCACUUCACCUGGGUGAAGAUCUCGGCGUUGGAUCUCCAAAACCUCAAACGCGGGAUAGGAGUAUACUAUUAUUUAAACCAUCCAAUACGAUAUGUCUAUCUAGCCGGUCUGAUCGUCUCGCGUACUGAAGCACCCUGGCACACGAUCCUUACCCUUGACGAUUCAAGCGGGGAGACCGCCGAAGUGGUGAUAAAGAAGCAGUCCAUGCAAUCGAAUGAAACGGUGGAACAAGUAGAACAGGAAGAGAAGGAACAAGAAGGAUACGAAAAGGAAGUAGAAGAAGAGGGAGGAGGAGGAGGAGGAGGAGGAGGAGAAGUUCAUAUCUCCACGACCGAAAAAAGUAUCCUCGACAUCUCAAAAUUGGAGGUUGGUGUGCUCGUCAAAAUCAAGGGGAGCAUCACUACCUUCCGUACAAUAAACAGAGUGCAGAUGGAACGGUUCGAGAUCCUGGCCGACACAAACGAGGAGAUGUGUUUCCUGCGCGAUCGCACGCGGUAUUUCGUCGAGGUGCUUUCCGUGCCGUGGAAGUUGAGUGCCGAGGAGGUUGCACAGCUGCAUCGCGAGGCAGAACAGGACGAGGAAGAGCUUCAAGCAAAGAGAAAACGGGCGGAGAGGAGGGUCAAGAAACGCGCAAGGCUGGAGGAGAGGGAGAGGAGGGUGAUUCUGAAGGCCUACGAGAGACGACAAUCAUCAUACAGCAUUAUAUGACUAGGUACCUAUUCAUUAUACAGCAUUAUACUACCUAAUACAGAAAAAUUACAUCCUCA